CGUAGCUAUGGCCCUGAGGCUCCUGAGACUGGCCCCGGCGUCGGCGUCCGCGCGCGGCCUCGUGGCGGGCGCCCAGCGCGUGGAAGGAGGCUGUGAUGUGCAGCCCACAAAGGAGUAGAGUGGUGUGCUUCCUUCCUCGAAGCCAGAAUGUUAACAUGGAAGGAAUUCAUACCAGUGUGCAGUGCAAGUGGCGGUAUGGACCUUUGGCAUUCGUGUUUGGUGAAAAAACAACCAAAAAACUGACACAGUACAGCAAAGUGAUAACUGUAGAUGGCAAUAUAUGUUCUGGAAAAGGCAAGCUUGCAAAACAAAUAGCAGAGAAACUCGGCUUAAAGCACUUUCCUGAAGCUGGGAUACAUUAUGCAGACAGCACUACAGGAGAUGGAAAACCCCUUGACGUAGAGUUUAAUGGCAGCUGUAGCUUGGAAAAAUUUUAUGAUGACCCGCAAAGUAAUGAUGGCCAUAGCUACCGUCUGCAGUCCUGGCUGUACGCCAAUCGUCUCCUGCAGUACGCAGACGCCUUGGAACACUUGCUAAGCACAGGACAAGGUGUCGUGCUGGAGCGCUCCAUCUUCAGCGACUUCGUUUUCCUGGAGGCGAUGUUCAAGCAAGGCUUCAUCCGGAAGCAGUGUGUGGAACACUACAAUGAUGUGAAGAAGGUCACCAUCUGCGAAUACCUGCCUCCCCAUGUGGUGAUCUAUGUCGAUGUGCCUGUUCCAGAGAUCCAGAAUCGCAUUCAGAAGAAAGGAAAUCCACAUGAGAUGAAGAUCACCUCUGCCUAUCUUCAGGACAUCGAGGAUGCCUAUAAGAAGACCUUCCUCCCUGAGAUGAGUGAAAAAUGUGAGGUUUUACAGUACAACGCAAGGGAGGCUGAAGAUACAGAAAAGGUGAUAGAAAACAUUGAACGCCUCAAGUGUGACAAAGGGCCUUGGCUCAAGCAGGAUGAUCGGACUUUUCACCAUCUGCGAAUGCUGGUUCAGAAUAAGUUGGAGGUGCUGAAUUUCACAAGCCACCCCGUCUAUCUUCCAGAAAUCACGGUUGGAGCUUACCAGAGUGACCGAAUCUUCAAUAAAUUCAGAGAGCUGCCGGGCCGCAAGUACUGCCCUGGGUACAAUGCCGACGUGGGCGACAAGUGGAUCUGGCUGAAGUGAGCGAGACACCCUUUGUGCCAGCUGUGUCCCGGUGACGAAGAGGAUUCUGGUCCGCCUGAUUGUUGUGGGACCCACAUAGAUUUAAAAUUAGGGGGAGAAGAAGGAAAAAAAUCGGAGUGAAAAAUGAUACAAAAAUUGCACAGUGGAAGAAACAGCCUAGCAAAAAGCAGUCUGCCCAGUAGUAUAGUUAAUGGAAUUGAGGGACACAACUUCCUUUUAAAAGGUUUUGAAACCUUCUAGCUUUAUUUUCAAUGAUUCAUAAUUAUCACUGGGAAAAAAAAUGGGUCUGCUGUGAGAGACAGCUCUGCUAGAAGCAUGUCACUUCCCCACGGCAGCUCAUGUCCCGCAGGUUUUGUACGUUAUUUCUUUAGAUUUUGAGAAAUAAAGCCGCUUCUGUCGAACUUC